ACGUUAACUUAACGGUGGUGAAUGGUGAUCGUAGCGGGGCCCGUCCGUAUCUAAAAUUCUUUAUUCUAGACGGUCCACGAGGAGUUCAUAAUAAAAUUAAGCUUAGUUAGUACUCGGUACUCGAUAGAUUAUUAUAUCAACUUCACUUUGUGUUUGCUUAUAAGUGCAGUUUUAAAAUAAUAUAAAUCACUUGGAUAAUGUCUUCCAAAGUUGAAAAGAAUUCUUUCAUAUCAGCACAUGGCAUGAAAAUGCCUAUUAUUGGUCUAGGAACAUGGCAAGCAUCAGAAGAAGAAGUAGAAACAUCCAUUGAUGCUGCACUAGAGGCUGGAUAUAGACACAUUGACACUGCUUUUGUGUACAUGAAUGAAAAAGCCAUUGGAAAAGCUCUAAAAAAGUGGUUUGAUAGUGGAAAAAUUAAAAGAGAAGAUUUAUUUAUCGUCACAAAGCUCCCCAACGUUGGCAUGAAUGAGAAGUAUGUUGGAAAGUAUCUUGAUCAGUCUCUCAGUGAUCUGCAACUCUCCUACGUCGACCUGUAUUUGAUUCACCAUCCAGUUGGGCUUGCUCCAGGAGAGGAUUUACUUCCUCGCGACGGAGAUGGAAACAUUAAAGUAGACUUGAAUACGGAUCAUGUAGCCAUUUGGAAGGCAUUGGAAAAACAAGUAGAUGCUGGUCGAAUCAAAGCUAUCGGAGUGUCCAACUUCAAUAGCAGUCAGAUCGACCGGAUACUGAAAGCUGCCCGGAUACCUCCUGCCAAUAACCAAGUAGAAUUGCAUGUUUAUCUGCAGCAGAAAAAGUUGCAAGAAUGGAGCAAGAAGACUGGAGUCACUCUCUGUGCCUAUGCUCCACUCGGAUCCCGAAACAUGAGCAACUACAUCAAAAAAUUUGGAGCAACUGCGGAGAGUGGAAGCGGACUAGACCCCUUGUCAGACCCAGUAGUGCUCCACAUUGCUCAGACCCAUAACAAGACUGCAGCACAAGUGUUGCUGAGACAUCUGAUGCAGCUCGGCAUCGCGGUCAUCCCCAAGAGUACCAAUCCUGACCGUAUCCGUCAGAAUUUUGAGGUGUUUGACUUUGAACUAAGUGAAACAGAGAUGGACGAACUGAAUGGCCUGGACAAAGGGGAAGAGGGAAGGAAAUUUGUCGGAGGAAUAUUCAAAGGAAUCGAACACCAUCCUGAAUAUCCUUUUGGAAAUAAGUAACAAGUUGGAACACUAUGGCUUGCAAUCGCUCAAUAUCGUUUGUUCGGCUUAUGUAGGCUCUACAGUGUAAUGUGUUACAUUAUCUAAGGUUGGGGAAUUGAAUUAGCUUUAAUAUUUUUAUACUGUUGCAAUAUAAAUGUCUUUUGUUUAAAGCUGUUAUUGGUAAUGAAUGUAUUGUUACUUUUUGAAAAAUCUAUUUUAAUUUUAAAUAUUGUAAAUCUAUUAAGAUCUUUUUGAUUACUACGAAUAAACAUUUAUAUUUUUAAAA